AUGUCACAACCAGAAAAUGUACGAGAAAAAACUUCAGAUGAGUGAGUUUUGAACAAAAAAAGCGAAAUUCGAAAAAUCAAAAAAAAAAUUUGCAGAAAAAUGCAAGAAAUAUUGAAUCGUCCAAAAAAGAAUAUCAUUGUGGUGAGUUUUGUGAAACAUUGAAAAUCCUGCAAAUAAAGAUUUUCUUCAUUUCCAGAAAGUUCACCCAGAUCUAAAAGUGGAAGGAAUCUGUAAAUGGUGUGCUUGGGCGGCUGAUCGAAUUCAUGAACAAAUGCCGCCAAAAGAAUUUGGAACUGUUGAAUUGGUCAUCAAAUUGGAUUAUGAGGGAAUGCAAAAUAUAACGAGAGGAAUCAAAAGAGCUAUUAUGAACGAAUUAUUUGAGCAUACUAUUAGAUAA